ACGCCUUCGAAAUGCAAGCAUCAAAUUGGUCUGCAGACAACAAAGAAAUCCCAAAUAAACUCGACUAGGAAGUUUGAUCCUACGGGGGCCACGAACACGAUGCUCGCAUGGCCAGGCCCAGCAUGGAGAGCGUGCGGCGGCUGCGGUCGGGCAACGACGGCUCGUCUGGGGCGUAAAUUCAUCCAGCACGCAGCGGCAGCAAAAGCAUCCGUAACAGGAGCAGCAUCAACGGGGCGACAGCAGAGCAGCAAAACAAAACCCGCAGAAAAGCCGGCGCGGACCCGUUUUGCCCCGUCUCCCACCGGGUUCCUGCACCUCGGCUCCCUCCGCACCGCCCUGUUCAACUACCUGCUCGCCAAGGCGACAGGCGGACAGUUCCUGCUCCGGCUCGAGGACACGGACCGGACGCGGAUAGUCCCCGACGCCGAGGCACGCCUCUACCAGGAUCUGAGGUGGGCGGGCCUGGUGUGGGACGAAGGGCCGGACGUGGGCGGGCCGAGCGGGCCGUACAGGCAGUCGGAACGGCUGGGGCACUACUCCAAGUACGCGCAGCAGCUGCUCGACAGCGGCCGGGCGUACCGCUGCUUCUGCACGCGGGAGGAGCUUGCGGCAUCGCAGCUCGGGUCGCAGGCCGACAGCGGCGCCGGUGGACGCUACCCGGGGACGUGCUUGGCCGUGUCGGCCGACGAGUCCGAGGAGAGGGCCGCGAGGGGCGAUGCGCACGUGAUUCGGUUCAGGAGCAACACCACGCCCUUCACCGUGCCGGACCUGGUGUACCGCCGCUUCAGGAAGAAGCACAUGGAGGAUGACUUUAUCAUCAUGAAGAGCGAUGGAUUCCCGACGUACCAUUUCGCAAAUGUCGUGGACGACCACCUCAUGGAUGUUACCCACGUCAUCAGGGGAGCCGAAUGGUUGAUAUCGACGCCUAUGCACUGUGACCUCUACGACGCCCUGGGCUGGAAGGAACCGAUAUUCGCCCAUGUCGGCCUGCUGGUCAACAAGGACCGCCAGAAACUAAGCAAGCGCAACUCGGACAUCCAUAUCUCUUCUUACCAAGAGCAAAACAUACUCCCCGAGGCCCUCGUAGACUUUGUUGCCCAUCUCGGUUGGCGGGCCCCUUCGAAGAAGGGAGCGCUGACUCUGUCAGAUCUCGUCGAUCACUUCGAUUUGAAAUUUACCAAAGGAGACAUCGUAACAGACCUCGACAAGAUCCAAUAUCACCAGGUUCAGCAUCUCGUUAAACACCUAGAAAACGAAACCGUGGCAAGGGAGCAAGAUUCCCUUGGCUCUAUCGUUGAUACCGUCUCCCGCAUGAUUAGUAGUGUCGCGAAGCCUACAGACGGCCUGCAUGCUGCCCUGAAAGGCCUACCCGACAGCACGGAGAGGCGAGAGUACAUCCGCGCCGCGCUUCGUCUGCUGAGCAACAAAGCUUGGCCACUCGGAAAGGUUGUCGAGGGCAACGUGCAUCUCUUCUGGCGUCCUACUAGCCAACAACUGGGUGAUAGUUUGCCUCAGCUCCGGGCGUCACUGGGCUCCAUCGCUAUCAACAAUGCGGAUGGCGAUGUUCAUGGUGCUCUGACGCUUAUUCAAGACGCCCUCAAAGGCAUCAGCGAGGACAAGUGGGAAGCUGAAACCCUCAAAAAUUCCAUGUCAUCGAUACAUUCGGCCAUAAGUUGUCGGGAUGUCGAAGGAAACGAGAUACCGCAUGCACACUACAAACCCUGGAGGUGGUUUCUUCUCGGAUCAAACCCAGGCCCAGCCAUACACUCAAUUCUGGAGUUGUUAGGCCGAGAGGAGACUUUGGGACGUCUAGAGGAGGCUAUGAAUGUGCUCGAGCGCUCGCAGGAAGGUUCCGUCAAUGAUGCUACCGCAGCCCAGGCAUAGUGCAAGUAUUCUGAGGAUUCAGCUCACCCAUCAGGCUUACGCACGCCAUGUGUAUCAAUAUUUAGGAAGAGUAGUGGAUGUAAUGUAAAUGUAACAACAGCAUGAGAAAGAAACCCAUCUUGAUACCCCCUCAACGCCAAACCCCAAAUCAGAACUCCUUGCAC